AUGUAUUUCAGUUGCCUUGUUGUGUCUAAAAUAUUGUCACGGAAUUGUUGCAAGCUGGGGUCUGUACUCCAACGGGCUUUUCAUGGGUCUGAUGGCUGCGUGAUCCUUUACGACCAAAGGAACUUCACCGGCCAGAGGUUAGCAGUGACCAGCGACUGCCCGAGACUGUCAGAGCGAAACUUCCCCGAGAGAUGCAAUUCGGUGCAAGUUGAGGAUGGAGUUUGGGUUGGGUACGAGGGUGAGAACUACAGUGGUCGCCAAUAUCUGUGGGAAGCCGGUGACAAUCGAGAUUACGGCAGCUAUGAUAAAUGGUGGGCAUCAACAGAUCAGAUCUCCUCUGUGAGAGCAGUGAGGCAGGAGACUUCACUACCCAAAGUCCAUUUGCAUGAAAGACCUGGCUUUUCUGGAAGGAAAGUAGAAAUUCAAGAGGAUAUUCCAAAUCUCAUGUCUCGUUUCAGUCUCGAUCGCUUUGCUUCUAUCAGGGUUCUUGGAGGCAACUGGGUGGGCUACCAGGAACCACAUUACCGUGGACCACACUACGUUCUGGAGAAAAGAGAUUACAAUAGUUACAGCGAGUGGGGAGCUCCGAGGGCGACCAUGGGAUCCAUUCGACGCAUCCGCUUUCACUGAGGAUUCUCGUCGCU